AUGGUGAAACCAAGCAAGAAACGCAAGCGUCAGCGAAGUGGUAACGAGCAAAAACGUGCGAAGAAGCCGAAACUACAGUCAUUGCCGAAGGAACAGGUAUGUGAAGAGCAUAUCGUUGAGGCGGAUUCUACGAUCCGCGACGACCGGCCACUGGAUUAUGGGAAUAGCAAGGUGCAGCAAUGGAUGCAGCAGCAGGAACCGUUCCAAACCGUUGGCUACGAUGAUGUGGACGAUGAAAUUUCAGAGGAUGACAACGAGCAAUCGUCUGUGUUGCCCGAAGACACAGAGGUACCGAUGAGGAAGUCGCUGAAAAAACGAAGUGAACUGGAGAAACGCACCAGCGUCAAGUAUGAAUGCGAAUGGAGCAAGUGCCAGUUCCUGACCGGGCACGAUCGUAAAUAUUUUCAGCACAUCGAACGGCACGCGUCAAAGGCGAAUGUUAACGGAGACGGUUGCUUCGCUUGUCAGUGGGAUUUGUGCGAUUUUGUGGCAGAAAACUUAGACGAGCUAGUGAGCCACGUUCAUUACCAUGGUUACCACACCAAGCUAAAGGUGCACGGCGCGAGUCUGAACAUUUUGUUGAAGAUUCACAAGUGCAACUACGACAGCCGUAUGCGAAACACCAUCACCAACCGCCGGAUCACUUCCGUGUGCGAAUGGGAGGGUUGUAGUGAUCAGAUGAAUAAGGCGAUGGAAUUUUUUUACCACGUCGAAUCACAUGUUCUCGAUGUGUUUCCAGCGGGUGAAAAGCACACCGCCCAGCCAGUGCGCUGUGGUUGGUCGUUUUGUGAUAAAACAUUCAGCAAACUAUGUACAUUCACAAAGCACAUGUUGAAGCAUACGGGCCAGAAGGACAUCGCCUGCUACAACUGUGGGGAUAUGUUCUGUGAGCGCGUCAAGUAUAUCGAUCACUGCAAUCGACAGAUCGAACUUGGUCGUCGCAAGUAUCACUGCACAGAGUGUGACAGAUACUACUCAACCGAACGGCUGCUAAAGAAUCACAUGGUUUCCCACCAGAAGCAUGCUAGUUGUCCGCGUUGCCCGCUGGCGUUCGCGACGCAAGCGGGCCUAUCGCGGCAUAUACUCGCACGCCACCUAAAGGAACGGCCGUUCAUUUGCAACGAGUGCAGCUACCGAUCGGUGACGAAGUACGAACUGGAGAAACAUAUUGUCACGCACAGCACGAACGCACAGAAGAAUCUUUUUCGGUGUUCCGAAUUCGGUUGCAACGCAGUGUACAAAUGUGAGGCUUCCAUCAAACGGCACAUUAGCAGUCACUACCGUCAACCGACGCACUACGAGUGCCACAUAUGCUCGAAAAGCUACACGAUGGGUUAUACGCUGUCAAAACACUUGCACCAGCUGCAUCAGUUGGAGCGACAGCCCGGGCAUACCCGUUUCCGGUACAAACUCGACACGGACGGUAUCUAUCGGCUAGCAACGUAUGUUGAGCGAAAUAAGACCCCUACAGCGUCAGUUAGCAACAUGAAUGUCGUGAAUGCAAAUGAAUCGCACAAGGUGUCGCAAAAGUCUGAAGCUCUUAAAAUACCCAUACGGAAGAUGACGACGCCGUCGUCAUCAUUGGAACCGGCGGUUAGCGCUAUCGAGCCGAUCGGUCAGAACGUGUUUGCAGUACAGGUUUCAUUUCCGGUGGUUUGUGAUCAAUUGCAGUCGGGCGAAGAAACUACCGAAAUGGUUACGGAAUGGCCAGGACAAUCGGUGCAGGCGAACGGGACGGAGUCUAAACGUUUCAAAAGCCAAGCUCAGCCGCAACCGCAACCACCGUCGUCACCGGUGUUUGCUAAGGAGGAGAAAACUACACCAAAAGCAAAGAAAGUGCAAGAUUUUACGGUAAUGAAGAGAUACCUGAAGGGGAACAAAAUGCCCAAAAUUGACGGAAAACUCGGUUGAAUCAUCCUUGAACUGAAGCAUGUUAUAUACCCUUAUAUAAUUUUAUUUUAUCUCGUUGUUCGAAUAUUUCGGCUUCAUUUGCUUUCUCUUUGUUUAGAACGAAUCGAUGAUCGUUCAGUGUUUCUGGUGUACCAU